GUGUGUGUGUGUGUGUGAAUGUGCGCGUGUGUGUGUGUGUGUGUGUGUGUGUAUUUAAGGUAGCACAGCUUGCCCCCUUUGGUCAGUAACGUGCUACUCGUAGGACACCACAUCACAGGAGGAGAUCCCCCAUCCUGAAGGAUUAAUUCGGAGUGCAUAUACUGGUCUGAGUGCUCUCUCUGGCUCACUGCCUCUGACCCCACUAUUUCCCUGGGGCUUGUUUUGACGCCUUUCUGCUGUGCAUGGCCGGCGAGUAAUCGUGGAGAGGCCGGGGUAUCAUAAGCUUAUGGAUUUUGAUAAGAGAGGUGGGAAGGGAGAAGCCGAGGACCGGAAGAGGAUGUCUAAGCCGGGCACCAGCAGGAGUGGGCAUGGCAGCCGAAACCCUGGGAACAACUCGGGUGUCCUCAUGGUUGGCCCCAACUUCCGUGUAGGGAAAAAGAUUGGCUGUGGGAACUUUGGCGAGUUGAGGCUAGGAAAGAACCUCUACACCAACGAAUAUGUGGCCAUCAAACUGGAGCCAGUUAAAUCCAGAGCACCACAACUUCACUUGGAGUACAGAUUUUAUAAACAGUUGGGAAACUCAGAGGGGAUUCCUCAGGUGUUCUACUUUGGCCCAUGUGGGAAAUUCAAUGCCAUGGUUUUGGAGCUGCUGGGCCCCAGUCUGGAGGACCUGUUUGACCUCUGUGACCGCUCCUUCUCCCUCAAGACCGUCCUCAUGAUAGCCAUACAGCUGAUAACACGCAUGGAGUAUGUUCACACCCGGAGCUUAAUAUAUCGAGAUGUGAAGCCGGAGAAUUUCCUGGUUGGUCGGCCAGGCAGCAAGAGGCAGCACACCAUUCACAUUAUUGACUUUGGGCUCGCCAAAGAGUACAUUGACCCAGAGACCAAAAAACACAUCCCGUACCGGGAACACAAGAGCCUGACCGGCACAGCCCGCUACAUGAGCAUUAACACACACCUGGGCAAAGAGCAAAGCAGAAGAGACGACCUGGAAGCGCUUGGACACAUGUUCAUGUAUUUCCUGCGGGGGAGUCUACCCUGGCAAGGUCUUAAGGCAGACACGCUGAAGGAGCGCUAUCAGAAAAUUGGAGACACCAAGCGGGCAACACCAAUUGAAGUGCUCUGCGAGAAUUUCCCAGAGGAGUUGGCAACAUACCUGCGAUACGUCCGAAGGCUGGACUUCUUUGAGAAGCCCGACUACGACUACCUUAGGAAGCUUUUCACGGACCUCUUUGAUAGGAAUGGCUACAUCUUUGAUUAUGAAUAUGACUGGGUUGGCAAGCCUCUUCCCACGCCCAUUGGCCCCAUCCCUAGCGAUACACCACAGGCCAGCAGCCGGGACAAAGCACAGCAGCAGAACAAAGCGCAGGUAAUGAGCUCGACCAACGGAGAGUUGAACACAGAUGACCCAACCGCAGGACACUCUAAUGCCCCAAUCACAGCUGCCACUGAAGUUGAGGUGGCAGAUGACACAAAGUGCUGCUGUUUCUUCAAACGGAGAAAGAGGAAAGCCCUCCAGAGGCACAAGUGAACAGUCCUCUGAAGAGAACUUGAAACAUUCUGAUCACUGUCAAGUUUUAAAUGGAAGCAAAUACACUGCUCUCUUCUCUUCUCUUCUCUUCUCUUCUCUUCUCUUCUCUUCUCUUCUCUUCUCUUCUCUUCUCUUCUCUU